AUGAAACACCUCCGUAUUGAGGAGGAAACUCGCAUCAGGCACAAGCGAGGUAAAGUUGGACAAAGUGUGCAUCAUGUGUCAGCCGCCGGGAGUUCUAGCCACAAAGGCAAAUCUGGGGGACAGAACAAGAAGAAUUUUGGGCCCAAGAAACAAAGCUUCAAGAAACCGGGUCAUCAAAAUCCUAACUCAAAGCCAAAAAGGGCCGGUCCUUGGCACGUCUGCGGAGAGAUUGGGCACUAUGCGAGAGAAUGCAAAGAUCGCAAAUCCAUACCAGUUGCACAUGCAGUCGAGAAGGUAACUGACAUGGUGGCUAGUGUGAACCUUGGAGAGAUUUUCAUGAUCUCCUCUCUUACUCGAGAAAUCUGUGCUCGAGGUUGGUUCGUGGACACUGGAGCCAUUGUGCAUGUUUGUGGGCAACGAGAGAGCUUUCGCACCUACCAACCCAUGCCUCAUGGGAUGGUUGUCGUCUGUGCUUAUGGUCAUAGAGCUGAAGUUCUAGGAAGGAGUGAUGUUCGGUUGACAUUCACACGUGGUGAAUGGGUGACUCUUCGAGAUGUUCUUCAUGUUCCUACUAUCUCGAAGGGUUUGGUUUCUGCAGACAAGUUUGACAAGGGUGGGUUCAAGAUGGUGCUUGAGAGAGGCAAAAUUGUGAUCACUAAAGCCAGAAGAUAUGUUGGGAGGGCUAACAAUACUUCGGGAAUGUAUCGUUUAUGUCUUCGUGAUGAGGGUAAUAUGAGUGGUCCUAGUGUUGAGAGUGGUGUUGCUAGUGUGUCGAGUGUUGGAAUGGGAGGCAUGUCGGUUUUUUCUGAUGCAUCAGAUUCGCUGAUGGAGGGAGGUUAUGAGAAAAUAUCACCUCUUUUCACACCUUACGACCUACAAAACAUGACGUCAGUUCAUCAUCUUGGCUUUAUGGGACCAGCAUACUCCAUUUCAGCUGCUUGUGCGACAUCGAACUUUUGCUUCUGUGCUGCUGCUAAUCAUAUUCGUGAAGGUGAGGCUGAUUUGAUGAUUGCUGGUGGAAGUGAAGCUGCUCUUAAUCCUAUUGGAGUCGCAAGUCUUGCUGCUACUAACGCAUUGUCUAAAAGAAACCAUGAUCCACAAACAGCUAGAAGGCCAUGGGAUAAAGAUAGAAAUGGAUUUGUCAUAGGUGAAGGUGCUGGUGUUUUGGUAAUGGAGAGUUUAGAACAUGCAAUGAAAAGGGGAGCACCAAUACUUGCGGAAUUCUUGGGAGGUGCAGUCAAUUGUGAUGCUUAUCAUGUAACUAAUCCACGACCCGACGGAUUCGGUGUUUCCUCUUGCAUUCAGAUGAGCCUUUAG